GGCCGUCCGUUAACUAGUAUUUGUAAGAUUGUUCAUCUUAUUUUCUACUAUGCACAACUAUUUCAUCAGACAAUGUGAUAUUUGAUUAAUGCGUUAUUUUAACGACCAGUCGUCAAAUAAUCUUGACGACAUGUCUUCCCCUGUGACCCCACGUCGGCGCAGCAAGAGACAGCGUCAGGAUGAAGCAGGCAGUCCUACAUCGGAGGCAUCUUCUGCUCCUACCACUCCGAGAAGAAGUGCAAGAAAGUCAAAGAAAGCAGAUGAUGAGGCUUCUUCACCUCCCUCUCAGAGACGGCGGGUUGAAGCCUCCCCUAGGGGCAAAGACGGUGCCCCUUCCUCUCCAGCGGCCCCACUGUCUGGUGGUGGUGGGGAAUCUUCCCUCUUCUCUAGUCCCCCACAAUCGAGGGUCGGAGCCCCAACCAGUGAGAUUGACCUGAGCUCUCCCCUGAACUACGGCACUCCCAGCUCUCGCGGCCCACACACGCCUGGCAUCGGAGAAACGCCUGUUAGACACCGACCAGACAUUCAUAGUGAACGCAAGAUGCGAACAGUCAACAUUGGAGGAUCUGAACCUAGUGAGGUGACGCGGAUGACAAGUGAGAUAACAAGUGAGGCAAAUGUAGGCCCACAAUUGGUUAUCUGGGGUACGGACGUGGUCGUGAGCCACUGUAAGGAGAAAUUCCGCAGAUUCAUCUCAAAGUAUGUGGACAAAGAUGUGGCCGAGGACGAGACGUUUGAAGGGAUGGACAUCAACCAGCCAUACUACCUGCAGAGGAUGGAGGAGAUCAAUGUUAUUGGAGAGCCUUUCCUGAAUAUCAACAGCGAGCAUCUGAGAGAGUUUGAUCCCGAUCUGUAUCGUCAGCUAAUCAACUACCCCCAGGAAGUGAUUCCCACAUUUGACAUGGCUGUCAACGAGAUGUUCUUUGACAAGUACCCUGCCGCUGUGUUAGAACAUCAGAUACAAGUUCGACCAUACAAUGCAGAGAAGACUAGGAACAUGCGCUCCUUGAACCCAGAAGACAUCGACCAGCUGAUUACUAUCAGUGGGAUGGUAAUCCGAUUGUCUCCCCUUAUUCCCGAGAUGCGCGAAGCGUUUUUUGAGUGUUACGUUUGUCACAACACAACGAGCCGGGAGAUCGAGCGGGGUCGUAUUGCCGAACCUACACUGUGUACCAAUUGUAACACCAACCACAGUUAUGCCCUCGUACACAACCGGUCACACUUCAGUGAUAAACAGCACAUCAAGAUUCAAGAGUCCCCAGAGGAUAUGCCGCCAGGCCAAACACCCCACACUGUGGUUAUAUAUGCUCACAGCGACCUUGUGGAUAAGGUCCAGGCAGGUGACCGAGUCACGAUCACCGGCAUAUACAGAGCCAUGCCCCUCCGCGUCAACCCUCGCAUGAGGAAUGUGAAGUCUGUGUACAAGACACACAUUGAUGUUGUUCACUUCCGUAAGAUGGAUGUUCGCAGGCUGCACGAGGCUGAAGAUGAUGAAACAAAAACCUCUCGACUUCCGGCUGAUAGAAUAGAGUUGAUCAAAAAGCUGUCUACAGAAUCAGACAUUUAUGAGCGACUUGCCAGGGCAAUUGCUCCAAGCAUCUUUGAGAAUGAGGACAUUAAGAAGGGAAUCCUGAUGCAGCUGUUUGGAGGUACAAGGAAGGACUUCACUGGCACAGGCAGAGGCAAGGCCAGGUCAGAAUUGAACAUUCUGCUGUGCGGUGACCCGGGUACCAGCAAGUCCCAGCUACUCCAGUAUGUGUACAACCUGAUGCCCCGCAGUCAGUACACUUCUGGCAAGGGCUCAAGUGCCACUGGUCUUACCGCUUACGUCACCAAAGACCCAGAUACACGCCAGCUUGUGCUACAGACUGGUGCCCUUGUACUCAGCGAUAAUGGAGUGUGUUGCAUUGACGAGUUCGACAAGAUGAGUGACAGCACACGAUCUGUUCUACAUGAAGUCAUGGAGCAGCAGACUCUGUCCAUUGCCAAGGCCGGUAUCAUCUGUUCCCUGAACGCCCGCACCUCCAUCCUGGCAGCUGCCAACCCAGUGGAGUCCCAGUGGAACAAGAACAAAACCAUCACUGAGAACAUCAUGCUUCCACAUACACUCAUGUCCAGGUUUGACCUGAUUUUCCUGAUCCUGGAUCCGCAGGAUGAGAUGUACGACCGUAAGCUGGCCAGCCAUCUUGUGUCUCUGUACUUUCACGCUAAGGAACAGGAGGAAGAUGAGUUCUUGGACAUGGGAAUACUGAGAGACUACAUUGCCUAUGCCAAGGUGGUUGUACAGCCCAAGAUCAGCGAGGAUGCAGGACAGAGGCUGAUCCAGGAGUACGUAAACAUGAGGAAGAUCGGCAGUGGGCGUGGCCAGGUGUCCGCUUACCCACGGCAACUUGAGUCCCUGAUACGACUCUCUGAAGCCCACGCCAGGAUGAGGCUGUGUGAAACUGUGCAAGUCGCCGACGUUGAGGAGGCCAUGAGAUUGUACAAGGAGGCUCUCAAGCAGGCGGCCAUUGACCCCAGCACGGGCAAAAUUGAUGUGAGCAUCCUGACAACGGGGAUCAGCGGGGCGGCCCGUAAACGCAAGGCCGAGGUGACCCAGGCCCUCAAGAAACUGAUACAAGAGAAGGGCAAGGUGCCCACACUGAAACAGGUCAAACUGUACGAGGAACUGAGGGAGAGAUCAGAUCUGCCUGUUCCCAAGGAUUUGUUUGAGGAGGCUUUGAAGGAGCUUCAGGAUGAAGAUUUCCUCAUCGUCACCAACAAAGUCAUCCGCCUGUGUGCCUAGGUCAGCCCUUCCCACUCGCCACCCCCCAGCCCCACCCCACAAAGGCAUGGCUAGAUCAUGCACACACCGUGGAAAACGGGUGUGGCUUUGAAUCACUUAUGGCUUAAAAACAAACCAAUGGAUUUUGUGCUGUAUUCACUUAACAUUGAGACAUGUUAUCAUCACUCUUUCAUAAUCAUAUGAUAUGAAUACCAUUAAAUUAUUAUUCUUUCACCCACAAAUUGGUGCACCAUGCAUUUGUCCUAGGUAAUAUUACUUAUGCUUGUACUAUGAAACUGUAAUGUUGUCUGAAUGAAUUUCAAUUUAUCCCAGAUGUUGGUUUAUACUAAAAUUUUACACAUCUGCUACAUUUCAGUGCUGUUUUCAUGAUUGACUGAGAUAUUAUUAAAGUUAUAUGUUCCAUGUAAACUGAUUAUGUAAAAUGUUGGUUAUUUUCAUUUUUGUGAAAUGUUGGUUAUUUUGUAAAGAAAAUAGCUCAGUAAGUGUUCAAAAUGAAAUAAUGUGAGCUAUUGAUUAAUAUUUUUAUAUGAUUCAUUAGGUACUGUACAUUUUUGUGAUAUGUAAUUCAUGACCAGAAACUUAUUACUAAAACUUGCAUACAAAAAGAUUGUAUGAAUUUGUUUUAAGCGCAAGAAGAAAAUCAACUGUUUUGUUGAAGCGUUAGUAUGCAGUUUGAAAUAAAUAUCAUUUGCUAUAAAUAGAGUAGAAUUAUACACUUAAAAAAUAAAACCUAUAUGAAUCGUCAUUUUAAAUGCAACUUACCAUCAGAAAAAGACAAAAGCAUAGAAAUAAUAGUCCUCUGUUCUGUGUUAUCAUAUAAUUCACUUUUAAUUGUUUCAUUGUUAAAGCACCAUUCUCCAUUAUUGUAAAAAAAACGAGGUGAAGGAUUCAAAUUUACUAUCUUUGUAUAAUAUAAUGAUCCAUCAUACCUGUUGUGUUCAAAGACCAUAAGGUCAAAUGAGUUAUUUUUGUAGGCCAUUUUCAAAUAUGGUUGAAUUGUUUUUGAAAACAUUUAUAUUUCAUACUCAAAUUUUAUAUUUCAUGAAAUCUCUGAACAAAAUAAAAGGUA